AUGUCCAGAGUGGAAGCUUUUAGGGACACAAACCUCCGCUCCCUGCUGAGGGAGCUGCGGACUGAUAUUGCCAUGGCUGUAGAUGACCCUUUCCCUCUUGUCUAUGGUCUGGUGGACAAAAACAUCAUAACUGACCAGCUGCUAAAGAACACUCUAGAGAAGGAAAGCAAAGAGGGGAUCCAUAAGGCCAUGUACUCCCUCCUGUCCUGGGUCCUGGAGCAGAGCAGAUCCACCAUCCAGGCUUUCUGGAGCAACUUGUCCAAAGACUACAACCAGAGCAGCUACCCCAAGCUGCAGACGCUCCUCACUAACCUGCCGUCAAGUAUUAAUGGGGUGUCUUCAGUCCAGAGACCAGUCCCUCUGUCUUCUACCUCCUCUACCUCCUUAACUCAGCUGCCAGUCAGCCAGGAAGCCCCAGAGAAGAUGGGCACGGAUGCAAUUGGUGUUUGUCAUUCAACAGGAAGUGCCAGAGAUUGUCUGACAGUUGUGGGGGGGUGUGGUCAGUCAGAGUUAAAUGGAGCAUCCGAAUCCAAAGCUGUUAAGAACAAGCUUCACCACAAGGGGGAGACGACCACAGAGCUGGUUCAAUAUAACGAUGACGAGUGUGCCGUGUGUAAGGACGGAGGGGAGCUGAUUUGUUGCGACGGCUGUCCUCAAGCUUUUCAUCUGACCUGCCUGGACCCUCCACUCACCUCUAUUCCAAGUGGCACUUGGCGCUGUGAAUGGUGCUGUGGCAACAGAGUGAAAAGAGAGACAGGCCAACUACCUUUACAUCCACUCAUUGCCCAGCCGCAGCCAACAAACCCGAGCUCCAGUAACUCCAUCAUAGACGUCUCCUUCUUCUCCUCGCUGUCGUCCUCCUGUCUCACCAGUGUCACAGCGUCUAUGAAUGAGCUCAGUGGGAGAAACCAGUGCUCAGGUGCGGAGCUACUCAGUUUGGGGGAGGUGUGUGGUGUUUGUCACAUGGAAGGAGGAGACCUGACUCACUGCCUCCAGUGUUUGCAGCGCUUCCACGAACACUGCCAUUUCUCCAAUGUGCCUGUGUUUGCUAGAGGGAGAUCCAUCUGCUUGUCCUGCUCCCAGCCCUGCAGCAGCUCUGCAGAGGGGGCGGAAUCAUCCAGAGGCUUACAGCUCGCCCCAGUGGUUAUUCAUGAUCAGAGCUCCUCCGUCCUUGAGCCCAUCCUCCAUAAAGAUGAUCUGGACUCCAUCCUGGGAGACGUGAGCGAGGUUCAGUUACAUCAGGGCUCCAUUGACAGCAUCUUGCAGUGGGCUUUCCACAACAUCUCCCGGCCUCUUCCAGACCCUCAAGGAUACUACCAGUGACUGAAAGACGGUCUGCACUCAUCUAAGAGCUCUCACAGUUUGAAGUUAUACCAUGAAGUAACAAUGAUGACAUGAACAUGGCUAAUGUAAAUGGCGAUCACUUGAUAUAGUGGAGAUUAUUUUCUUGUUUCCUUGACCUGGAGUAAAUCUAUGGUAAUGGUGGAUUUUAGAAUGAAUACAUUAUUAUUUGUAUUAAUAUUUUAUAAGUGAAAACAUUGCAUCUUUUCGGACUACAGAUUUUAAUCUGAUGAAAAGCAAUGUGUUUAAAAGAUUGUUAGUUCAUGUACAAACAAAAACAAUAUCUUAACUCAUUAUUUACAGAGUAUGAUACACAAUUGGGACAAAUGUAGUAAAGCUACCAUUUGAUAGGUUUGAAAUGAAAUAUGGGAAUUUGUUGUAGUUAUUUUAAAUAAUACACAACUCCGGCAAAGAUGAGUAAAAUGUCUCUACUUCUUCCAGUUUCUUUACUGAAUUUCUUGCAGCAACACACCACACUAUAUGUACAGGCGGAGUGCACGUACUUAAAAAAUCUGCUAAAUCAAAACAACUAUGUUUUGACAUAAACCAAGGAGUAUCUAUUGUACUGUAAUGCAUGUUCGAAUUAACCUGUUACCAGUCCAUUUCUGAUCCUUUGUCUCCCGCCCUCUAUGCAAUGUGUGUGAACCAAGUUUCCAUUAAGUCUAGUGCAACCAGCACUACUAUACUAAUACUUGUGUUAGUUUGUAAAACCUUUACUAAAACCAUUUUUAUUAGGAACAUGCACCAUGUGAGCAAUGUAUAAACUAAAUUAACAAAGCUCUUAAAACUAGACUUCGACUUUGGGCCCUCUACAAAACAUGCCUGCAAAUUCUAAUAAUAGCAACAGUAUGUUCAAAUACUUAAGUAGUACAAAUGUGCUAUUAUUUAAAAUACCAAAACCAGUUACCCAGUUGGUAAUUUAGCAUUGCUGCAAUGCUUGUUACCAAAGGACAUUGGGAAAGUGGAGCAUUUUUAAGUUUUUCUGACCAUCCUUGUCACCCAAGAUUAUGAAAUGUCCUCCCGCUUUGUGUAGUAUUACAACAUGACUAAUUGUGUAAGACAUGGGGUCAGCACUGAUGUGGGAGGGCUGGCAGUGGGCCUUGGACAUCUCUUGCCAACUUUUGCUAUAGCCUAACAAACUGAAAUACAUCUACUUCUUAAAGUUGUCAUUGUCCCACCACUGUCACCCUAGAAACCCAGUGACACAUAUGCAACUGUGUUAUGCCUAAGCGGUUUUCAUGCAUGUGUGAAUGUGUUUAUAUCAAGGAAAACAGUGUUGGAGGAGCUAGUUAACAGCUUGACAUCAGGAGCCAGGUUGUAGCACACUAAUGUCAGAGGAGAUGUCUCAUCACAGCAAAUAAAAGAGACAAUGCAAACUUCCACGUGUACACAAAGACAAAUAAUUGUCCCUCUCGCUGUGUGGAUCUUUAGAAGAAUUCACAGUCACACGUUACACCAGAUGGUUUCAAUACGAUGAGGUCUGCACACUCAGAAAUGCCUCUGUUUAACAGAAAUUCCUUGAAGACUAUCACUUAGAUGUGGAAUGUUGUUUUUGUCAUGGGAUUCGAGAGUUUUAGCAUGACUGCCAGAGGGAUGGUGCUCGGCCAAGCAGAUAUUUCUCCCCUCGGUAUUUGGUUGCCAUGGCUCUCAGCUCCUACAGGCCCAAACAGAAAAUGAGAAACAUGUUCCAGUGUGUGUUUCCGUGCAUGUGUGCCUUUGUUUAUUUAUAAAUCCACUUUCUAAAUGGUUCGUGAAAGCAUCCUGCAUACUUGAGGGCUCUGAGUGUCCUUGCAGGAAAAGCAACAUCACUGACAGAGAAACUGUUUUCUUUGAAUGUUCGCCGAAGAUGUGAAGGACAAAGAUCUGAGAAUAUUGGAAAAAUAAAUCGGACAUGAAUUAUGGGGUGAAAUGUGUGUAAAUAUCAGUCAGUAAGCACUGCACUCAGAUUGCCUAAAUCCCAAAUUCCAGUCAUGAUGAUUUUUCUUAUAAAC